AUGGCUCCCUUGCGGGGCUCGGCGUUAGUCUGGGCCAUAACGCUAAGCUGUGCUUCAUGCUACCUGCUCUUUGGCUAUGAUCAGGGUGUCCUUGGUGGUCUGGUAACUCAGCCCAGUCUGCUCAAUGCUCUGGGGAAUCCAUCACCUGGAUUUCUAGGCACUAUCGUUGCUCUUUACAAUAUCGGCUGCUUAGCAGGAUGUAUCGUCUCUGCUACAUGGGGCAAUAUCCUCGGCCGAAAACGAAGUAUACUCAUCGGUUGUCUGAUCAUGGUCGUUGGCGCUGCUAUCCAGACCUCCUCCUUUGGAGCAUCACAGAUGAUUGUAGGCCGCCUAGUUACUGGUGUCGGCAACGGAAUAAAUACCUCGACGAUUCCAGUGUAUGUCGCCGAGACUUCGAAACUAAAUAGACGAGGGUCUAUGAUUGCAAUACAGCUCUCCGUCGUCAUUUUCGGAACGGUACUCGCUUACUGGCUCGAUUAUGCUAGCGUUCGCACGCUUAGUGGUGGUAUAGUGUGGCGUUUUCCAGUGGGGUUUCAAAUUGUAUUCGCCUUAAUCACACUCGCGACGCUGCCAUUUCUUCCUGAUACCCCUCGGUGGCUUUACUCCCAUGGCCGAAAAGAAGAAGCUGUUGACGUCCUGGCUCGACUGAUGGACACAAGUAUUGACGAUGCCGUUGUGCAAGAUAUCAAAACGCAGAUGGAAGAGGCGCUGAGACUUGAGCAUGACAAUGGCCCAAUCGCUCUGAAAACCUUGAUCAACGAUAGGUCUCCCGUAAAGAUGACACGGCGUCUGAUUCUCAGCUUUAUGAUCUAUUUUAUGCAAAUGUUCACAGGCAUCAACGUGAUUGCAUUCUAUGUGACUAUUGUUCUCGAAGUCAAUGUCGGUCUAUCCAGGGACACCAGCAGUCUUGUCGCCGGCUUCGUGCAGAUCGCAUUCUGGCUUGGUACCCUACCACCGAUCUACACGCUCGACAGGUACGGCCGCCGGCGCACAAUGAUGUGGGGAUCAGUUGCGUUGUCGCUUUCGAUGAUUCUCUUCACCAUCGGCAUCGCUCUCGACACUGUUGCGAUGAAUCGCCUGGCACUGGCAAUGCUAUUUGUCUACGAGAUCUCUUUUGGUCUGUCAUGGAACUCUAUGCCUUGGCUUUAUGCUGCAGAGAUUACGCCUCUCGAGGUACGCCAUAUUGGCGGAGCUCUAGGUCCUUUCUCUGAAUGGCUUUGGACGUUUGUAAGUGCCAUCCGUGACUUCAAGCCGUGGAAAUAA